AUGGAAAACGAUAAGGGCCAAUUAGUCGAACUUUACGUUCCAAGAAAAUGUUCUGCAACUAACAGAAUCAUCAAGGCCAAGGACCAUGCCUCUGUUCAAAUCAACAUCGCCAAGGUUGAUGAAGAAGGUCGCGCCAUCCCAGGUGAAUACAUUACCUACGCUUUGUCCGGUUACGUCAGAGCUAGAGGUGAAAGUGACGACUCUUUGAAUCGUUUGGCUCAAAACGACGGUUUAUUGAAGAACGUCUGGUCUUACUCCCGUUAA